AGACCCUUGAGGGAAAUGCAUUUGUUUCGGAGUUGAAAACCUCUGGGUCUUUGCACACGAAAGGAUUCUUAAAGAAAUACAAGAAAAAUCUUGGUCUUGAAUCAAAAUGGAAAAGUAUGAGAAUCUAGGAUUGGUUGGAGAAGGGAGUUAUGGAAUGGUGAUGAAGUGUAGAAAUAAAAAUAAUGGAAGAAUUGUAGCCAUCAAGAAGUUCUUGGAAAGUGAUGAUGACAAAAUGGUGAAAAAAAUUGCUAUGCGAGAAAUCAAAUUACUAAAGCAACUCAGACAUGAAAACUUGGUGAAUCUGUUGGAAGUAUGUAAGAAGAAAAAACGAUGGUACCUAGUCUUUGAAUUUGUUGACCAUACAAUGCUUGAUGAUUUGGAGCUCUUUCCAAAUGGACUAGACUAUCAACUUGUCCAAAAGUAUUUGUUUCAGAUUAUCAAUGGAAUUGGAUUUUGUCAUAGUCAUAAUAUCAUACACAGAGAUAUAAAGCCAGAGAAUAUAUUAAUUUCUCAGACUGGUGUUGUCAAGUUAUGUGAUUUUGGAUUUGCACGCACCUUGGCAGCUCCUGGAGAGGUUUAUACUGAUUAUGUGGCGACUCGAUGGUAUAGAGCUCCUGAGUUAUUGGUUGGUGAUGUCAAGUAUGGCAAGGCAGUUGAUGUGUGGGCCAUUGGCUGCCUGGUAACUGAAAUGCUCAUGGGGGAACCUCUCUUUCCUGGAGAUUCUGAUAUUGAUCAACUAUAUCAUAUUACAACCUGUUUAGGUAAUCUAAUUCCAAGACAUCAGGAGCUGUUUUAUAAAAAUCCUGUAUUUACUGGAGCAAGACUGCCUGAAAUCAAAGAAAUAGAAUCUCUUGAGAGACGCUAUCCCAAGCUCUCUGAAGUUGUAAUAGACUUAGCAAAGAAAUGCUUACAUAUUGAUCCAGACAAAAGGUCCUUCUGUGCUGAACUCUUGCAGCAUGAUUUCUUUCAUAUGGAUGGAUUUGCUGAGAGGUUCACUCAGGAGUUGCAACUAAAUCUACAGAAAGAUGCCAUAAAUACUACUUCAUCUAAAAAAUUUCAAAACAGAAAAAAGGACAAAGAUAACUUUUUAGGUGAAGAGGGAAAGGCAUUCAUUGUACAGGAUACUAAUACUGAUUCCAAAGUUAAGGAUUUCAAAGUAUUUAAAAUAAGAGGACCUAAUGUUGAAGGAGAAAAAGCUGAAAAAGUCAAUCGAACACUAAAUGCUGGUUGUCUUCAGGACAAUUGGACAAGUCACAUGAAAACAGCAACUUUAACAAACCUCAAACCCAGCAGCAGUGGCCAAGUGUAUAACACAAGAAAUGGGGGCAUGGCUAUUCCUUCACUGACAACACACAACCUUUCUACAGUGGUUCCUACUUUUAAUUCUGGAAUAGGGACUGUUCCAGGAGUUCAAACGUACAGAGUGAAUGAGAAAACCAAGAAGUAUUGUAUUCCAUUUGUUAAACCAAAUAAACAGUCGCCAUCAGGCACUUUUAAUAUGAAUGUGACCUCAUCAGUUACUAAUGAAAAAAAUGUUCUUCAAGCAAAUAAGAAAAGAAGAGAAUACUUAAAGACAGAUGUCCGUUUGCCAGAACUAAGCUAUAAUCAUCUCCCUGAACUAAAAUCCUUGGAAGGCAUAGCUCGACAGUCCAGGCUAAUAAGAAAAGAGAACAAAAAUCUUUCAGAAUCUCGAAUUCCCACUCUAGCCACUAUUGAACUUCAUGCAUCAAGUAUAGCAUUAUACCAGGUAUCAAGAGCUCACCCAUCAGAUAAGGCAGAGACCGAUUCCUCAAAUGGAACUGCAGUUCUGAGUAGCAAGUUGGUUCAAAAUCAGCCAUCAGUUGCCAUGCUUAGGAUAGAUAUUUUCAGAAGGAUCAGUGACUCCAGUGAUAGACCAUAUGCUUUGCUUAUGCAAGGCCUUGGAUUUGACCCCAAAUACUGCAUGACCCUCGGUGAUCAGCAACCUUUAAGACAUAAAGAACCACUUGGACUCGUUUCCGAAGGAGGGAAAAAGAUCACUGAGAUCCGCAAAACCAUCACGACAUUUAAAACAAAUAUAGGAGCUUGGAUUGGUGGCAGAAGCACAAUAGCAGCAACUUUCGCCUCCAAUUCUUAG